UAGUUUCCCUGGGGUUUUUUGUUGUUUGUUUUUUUAACCACAAUGAAUUUUAAUGGCACUGAUAUGCAGUCUCGUGGAAUAAUUCUCCAGGCUUCCUGAAGGACUCUUCUGACUCUUGUCUCACAGUUGACAAUACCUGCAACUGAUCAGAGCAGCAAUUAACUACAGAAAUAAGAAGGAUUAAACCCUUUAGCCCAAAGCCAGGAGCAGACACAUCCACAACAGAUCUACCAGAAUGUACGGCUUCAUCAACACGUGUUUGAGGACAUUAGUGGUUGAGAAGUUUGGAGAAGAGACAUGGGAGCAGCUAAGGUUGCUGGCAGAAGUCCAGGACACCUUUAUGACCUAUGAAAUUUAUGAUGAUAUCAUGACUAUUCGUCUGGUGCAAGAGGCUUGCAAAAUGCUGGAUGUUUCUUCUGAGAUGGUGCUGAAAUUGUUUGGAGAAUACUUCUUCAGCUUUUGUAAGAUGUCUGGCUACGACACCAUGCUGCGCACCCUUGGAGGAAAUUUGGUUGAAUUCAUUGAAAACCUUGACGCCCUUCAUAGUUACCUGGCAUUAUCUUAUCAGGAGAUGAACGCACCUUCCUUCCGUGUGGAGCGAACAAGUGACGGCAGGACUCUUCUCCAUUAUUACUCUGACAGAAAAGGGCUCCACCACAUAGUGCCUGGCAUCAUUGAAGCAGUGGCAAAAGAUUUCUUUGGCAGUAAAGUGAUCAUGAGCAUCCUCGAGCAGCCGGAGGAAGCGGAGCGCACAGGAAAACGUGAACAUGUCAUUUUCCUCAUGACACAAACAAGCGAAGAGACAACUGAGGAGGAAGAGGAGGUGAACGGUCAGAGAGAGGACAAGGAGACGGUUAUGUUAGAUAAUAUCCUUCACUCUUUCUGCCCCAGUUAUCCGAAGAGACUGUGGAUCGAUGAGAAAGCCUUCUGCAAUGCAUUUCCUUUUCAUAUCGUGUUUGACCAAGACCUGAUUGUAAAACAGACUGGCGUGAACAUACAGAAGUUCGUGCCAGGGCUGCAACAGGCAGGGAUCCGCCUGGAUGAAUACUUCAGCGUGGUCCAUCCGGAAGUGACACUGAACAUCUACAGCAUCAAGAAGUUCAUCAACAGCCAGUUUGUACUGAAGACUAAAAGGGAGAUGCUUCCGGAAAGCUUCCAAAACCAGUCUGUGCUCAAAUUACGAGGUCAGAUGGUAUGGAUGGAGCCAUUGCAGUGUAUGGUCUAUCUCUGCUCUCCUAAGCUGCGUAGUCUGCAGGAGCUGGAGGAGCGUGGCCUGCACUUGGCUGACAUCGCUCAGCAUGACACCACGCGUGACCUCAUCCUGCUUAACCAGCAGCGGCUGGCCGAGAUCGAGCUCUCCAACCAGCUCGAGCGAAAGAAGGAGGAGCUGCGUAUUCUUUCGCGUCACCUUGAAAUUGAGAAAAAGAAGACGGAGACACUGCUGUAUGCCAUGCUACCACAACAUGUUGCUAACCAGCUCAAAGAGGGCAAGAAGGUAGAGGCAGGUGACUUCGAGGUGUGCACUAUUCUCUUCAGUGAUGUUGUCACCUUCACGAACAUCUGUGCAGCUUGUGAGCCCAUCCAGAUCGUCAACAUGCUUAAUGCCAUGUACUCCAAGUUCGACCGCCUCACAAAUAUCCACGGUGUUUACAAGGUGGAAACGAUUGGCGAUGCUUAUAUGGUAGUGGGUGGUGUGCCCAUUCCCAAGGACACACAUGGGGAGCGCGUGGCAAACUUUGCCUUGGGCAUGAGGAUUGCUGCCAGGGAGGUGAACAACCCUAUCACAGGACAGCCAAUACAGAUCAGAGUAGGUCUACACACAGGGCCUGUGUUGGCUGGUGUAGUAGGUGAAAAAAUGCCCCGCUACUGUCUGUUUGGAGACACGGUCAAUACAGCAUCCCGAAUGGAGAGUCAUGGAGUCCCUGACCAUAUACACAUGAGCCCUUUCACCUACAGUGUCCUUAAGGAUAAGCAGUUUGAGAUCCGUGAAAGAGGAGAGAUCCAGGUAAAGGGCAAGGGUCUGAUGACCACCUACUUCCUGCUUCAGAACUUCGAGCUGUCUGAGGAGCAGAUCAUGGGCACAGGGCGAGAAGCCACUUGUGUGUACAGGGAUGAUCAUGAGGAGGUGACCCAAGCCACAGACAGUCAAGUAAGAGAGGUUGAGGAUGCGAGGAAAUCUCCUACCAAAGUGCAGAGUAGCAGCUCCUCCCUGUAUCUUUCUUCUGAUCAACCUUCGCCUCUCCCUGUCACGAAUGAUGCUUCACCCUGUCCUCCUGCUGCUGACUUUCCUCAUCAUGAUGUGGUUCAUUACGUCCCUGAUUAUUCAGAGCCUGUACUAAACUGCCUUCCUUCUGAGAGCAUCAACACCACCUCUCAUUUCUGCACGGUUCUUUAAAUCACAUCUUUACCUUUAGGUUAGUCUCAUGGCAAAGACAACUGGUUUGUUAAUUUCUUUGAACUUAUUGGUAUAAAAAUGUUAACACAAAUCAUGUUUAAAUAUGGAGUUGUAUAGUACAAAUUGCAGUAGUAUUGGAGAGUAUCGUGUGUACUGUACUAGAUAUUUCCCCGAACUCCCUAGCUGAACACGUAGUUUUUAGGGCUUCUUAGAGUUUUUGGUAUCAGCCAGUACCUAGAGCUUUAGCACUGAUAUUGUUUCAGUGUAGAAGGGAAAUCUAUUGAUCUCUGCUACAUACAGUACAUGUUUGUUUAAGUUAUUUCUAUUUAAUCAUCCGUUCAUGCAGCUUGUUUGUUACCGGAAAUCCAGGUGACUUUAAUGGAUUCAUCUGAUACUUUUUAUGAGCUAAAUUGUAAAGGAUUCCUUUUUUUAUAUUGCAUUUAUACUUGUAUACAGUAAUAAUAUGGAUGUUCUUCAGUUCAAUAAAGAAUA